UGAGCGUAGUGGCGCAACAUUUUUAUGUAUGUUUAGUGUCUCAGUGCAUUUUAUCAUAGCUAUAAAUAAGAAAGUAUAGCAGGUACGUGAAAGGCGUACACACUAACUGAAACCUUGCCGUUGGAUGCCUUGACCAUCAAUUACUUUGUAGUGCUAUAAAUUAAUAAAAAUAUUUUUUUAAUGACAUCUGAUAGUAAAAUUUAAUAUCGAUUAAUUACCGACAUGCCUUUAACACAUUAUGAUAUGGUUCCUAUCACUGUGUCCCUGUAUUAAGUCAAUAGCGUCGCCGCAAUUACGUCGUUCGCCAUCCACCGCUGUAUUUGGCAUCUUUAUUUUUAAUGGUGGAGGUUAUCUGUGGUCUAAUCUAGGGUUUUUUUAGAGAAAUGGGUCUUAUAUAAUCUGCCGGAUUUGUGUAGUUUACUGGAAUAUGAUUGGAAGCCGCUGGGUUCGUCGGAGGGAGGGGGGCGCGCGUCCCCGCGGCGUCGACGUGCGCCCCCUGCGCACCCCGCGCCCCGCCCCCCUCCUCCACCCGCUUAUAUCGGCAUCUGUCUGCCGAGAGACCUCAUGGAACUCUUCCCAAGGUACACAUUAUCUAUAAAAUGUUCUAUAAACUGUUUAUUUUUAUGUGUGCAAAAAGGGUUAUCAAUCUAUCCAUCAACAGCCAACGUUGGAGGUUGACCGAAUAUCCAGGAACUCAUUGUCUAAUUUUAAAAUCUAUCGUGAUCCUUUUCGAUUUGACAUUUGAAAAAUAUUCACGAACGUUAGUCCGAUUCGUUAGAAUUUUUGUCACCUGACACAAAAAAUCCGACCUCUAAUAUUUUGUAGCUUUAAAAAAAUUUAAACCAGAAAUGGGAUUUUGAUUUUUAUCACUCUUUUAAUAAAACCGUUUAGCUUAUAUUGUCAUAUUAACUAUGCAGAGAUGAAGAAAGCAAAGGAAGAGAUGAGGGGGAGACUAAACCGGAUAGUACGCGUCGUGUCCGUAUGCCGUCAUUCCUCGCUGAGUCUAGUAACGCAAGCACCGAUAAUAAGUCACGUGCGACUCCUGACAGCCAAAAGUUGGGUUUCUAUAGAGGUGGCGUGACAAAUGUCAACUUAGUUGGUAUAGGUAACCCCCUUCCCAAUAAUAUUAGUGGAAUAGCCAAAGAGAGAGCAGACAGAGAACGUAUAUCAGAAGAACAUACUACAGAUAGUAUAGCUGAAGAGAAAUCUCCGAAUGAAGUGGACGCUGAGACGGCACCGACUAGCAAAACUAAUGUUAAUAAUACGAACGUAGAAAUUGUACAAAAUCUCACGACAGUAAUCGCGAGCGAAAAGGAUAACAUGAAUGUGAACAAAGGACAAUCUGAAAUGGAAAACAGUUUGAGCCUCGGAGCAGUUACCCGGCAAAGCAAUAGAUGGCGACACUCUACGGCGGAGUGUUUGGCGUGUGUGCGGACUCGACCGCCUUCCUCGCACGAGUUGCGCGAAGCAUUCUUUGCGGGUAUGGAAGGUCUGGAGAGUCGCAGUCCGCCCAGCAGUCCAUCGCCCAGCGAACGAUCUCCACACGCUGAAGUACUCCACUACGUGCAUUAUAUGUCCAAUCCUACGCAUCUGAAACAGGUCAGUCUUUAAUACUUAUUUCGUCACUAGCCUAAUGGAAUAGGGAGAAUGGGCAAUGGCCCACAUGUUGGCUCAGUGCGGUUUGGUGGAUAUUAACGACUCAUAUGCAGCCGGGACCAACAGUUUAACGUGCCUUCCGAAGCGAUGCACGGAGGGGUUCGAGACGAUAAAUUUUUGGUCACCCAUCCUAUAACCGGCCAUUGCGAAAAUUUUUUUUAACAACCGUAUUCCGUAUAGCCCCUGCGCCAUCGAGCUCAGCAACAUUGUCUAUUACUAGACAUCGGAUUAUAUGCAUUAGCAAAUGUUUAUAAUUCUAGUUUUAUAGCGUUGUUGCAUAUUUUGGUAAUUUUACAUUGACUGCUUAUUUUAGUAGUUUUACAUGUUAGGCGUGUUGUAUUUGCAAUCUCAAAAAUAAUAAAUUAUUACAAUAAAAAUGUAUUUACUUUUCAUUUUAUGUAACACUAUUUUAACUGGAGAUUUAUUGAGUUUAAAACAAAGCCUGCUACCAUUUAGAGCCUACUUAAAUGAUAUUUUAAUUGGUUUUUCUAGGGAUGAGGACUGAUGGUUUUUAUUAUGCUAAUACAUGCUAUCAGUUAGUCAAAUAGAAAUUGCUGUUACGAAUAAAAUAUCUACAUACCGUAAUUGUAAUAUCAUUUAGACAAAGACCUUAUUAUACCCACUUAUGAAGUCAUGACCUAGUGACAAAUUGUAAAAGACAUUUUGUUCUCUCCAGAUAAUUUGUUACUUUUUUUAAUUCAUAAAACUGUAUUUAUAUAAAGCAUCCCUUGCUAAGUUUCUUGUCGGUUUCUCUGAAUACGGUCUUUAUUUGAUAGUUAUACAUGAAAUAUAUGUUAAAUAUAUAUAUAAAAGUAUCAUUCAUAUAAUAAGUUAUAUUCUGAAAAUAAUUUUAUUUUCAAAAUUUCCCGCGAAGACGCCAUCUUCUGUCAUAACGUCACGCCCAUCUCAAACUAAUAUCAUUCUAUAUAUGCAUAAGGUUCAACCCUCUAAGUUCUGAUAUGAGUAGAGAGGGUCGUGACGUCACGCGCUGCAGCCACGUGUCAACGAGUAUAAAAUAUUUGUUUUUUCCGUUAUUAAUUCAGCAAUAUAUUCUAAGCAUGAAAGUGUGAUUAUCGGUAAUAGUAUAUUAAACACUACCAGAAAAAAAUAAUCUGUAUUUAUUUUCGUUUACUGUCUACACCCGUAUUGAUUGCAUGUAAUAAAAAUUAUAUUGUUUUCUGCAGACGCGAUCGGCAUUGCUAACGCUAAAGCAACGACAUCCGGAUGUAUUCCGCAGUCCGUGUGUAUACUCGGACGUGUGCUCACUGUUAGCCAGAGACUCGUACAUGUUAUGCGCACGUCGGUUCCUACAGGAACUAUUCCUCGACACCAGUUUCGAUUGCUUCACGAGCGAACCGGCCGCUUUACUCGCCCGCCACUCCGCACCAACUGAUGAAUUACAAUAGCGUUUAGAUGUAACGUGGCUAGCAUAGUUGGGGCGUCACGUGAAAUAUCUUACCGUUAGUUUUAUUUAAAUGCAAUAUAACAAGACAUGGCUUAGAUAAUAGGCAUUAAAGUUGGGCUCGCUACGUCACCGUUUUGUAGAAAAUGUACAAAAGCGUGACGUCAUGCUACAUUUCAACUCAAUGUAUUGCCGUAAUUUAUUGAUUACGCAAAAAAUAAAAAUACUAAACUUGUUUAAUAUUCAUCAUCCCUAUUGAUAUAUCGCAGUGGCCAAUGGCAUUUAAAUGCGAUUUACUAUAACAUUUUGCUUCUGCAAUGUACCAAUUGGAUUAAUACUAAUUAUUCAGGGCAAAAGUGUAUUUAAUUAUAAUUUGUAUAUCGAUCUGUUGACGCCCCUAAUAUCACGUUUAUUUUGCAGUUUGUUUUGUGUAUUCAUAAUUAGCCUACUAGUCGUUUCCUUGAGUCGUAACCUUUUAUAAAUUGAUAGUUUUGAUGUACUAUGCUGAUGAUGGGCCUCCGAAGUGACAUAGCGUAUGUUAUUAAAUCUACAUCAAUUUAUCUGUUAUAUUGAUGGUUUGACUUCCUAUUAGUCUUAUUCUCAUUUUGUAAAUUUGUGUUCCGACUGUCGUGUUCGACACCAGAAACGUGUAUUGUUAUAAAAAUAACUUAUAAGUGUAAACAGAAAUUGAAUUGUAUUUACAUUUUAUGCAAAUUUAAGAUAAGCUCUUUAGACAUUAUUAUAUCGCGUUAAGCAGAUAAAAUGCUUCGUAAUUUAUAUUAUUUUAUAAGAUUAUAGUUGUGUAACGAUACGUUAUUGAGACGAAUCUUUUCCAUCUCGGGUAUUCAUAACAUACAGUGUGUUAAUUUGUAAUUUUGUUCCUCUUUAGCCAUGUGUCAUCUUGUGUUUACGGAACUAUAAAUCUGAUACUGCAUUUACGUAUUAAUUGAUUAGGACUUUUUUUUUUCUGAUUUAUCCUCCUCAUAUUAUGACAAUAGUAAGGUGUACUCAGACUGAAUAUAACACCAUUCCCUUAUAUCCCAUAGUUAAUUUAAGUGAUGUAUCCCACCUACAGCAACGCCUCAGAUUCUUAUAUAGUUAUCUCUCAGUUUUAUGCAAAAUAAACACAUAGGCUUAAUUAUAAUUGUGUUCAAUUUUUGUCUUAUGCAUUUAGUUUUCGUUAGAAUCCUUAUUAUUUAUGUUGAUUGAAACUAUAUAACGUUAUGUUAUUAUUUAAUGAUAUUAUAAACACUGAUAAAAACCGAAUGUCACAUAACUAUUUGUUAUAAUUAUUGUUAAUGUUCAACAGUAAUAUUAUGUUCUAGGUUAAGUUAAUUUUCGUUUGACUAUUUCGUAAUCUAAUAAAUAUUAUUUAGAAGAGUCCUCAAAGAUACAUUACAGUAUUUCUAGAAAUGUCAAAUACUUUACCAUUGUAGUUGUACUGUCAAAUAAUGCAUUUAUAUAACCUAGCUUUGUUCCCUAUACAUAUUCAUUCAUAAUUCUCGUGUUGCUAACUUAUUUGAUUUAUUUUCAUAAUUAUGUUCAGUUUUAAUAAAACACUAGUCCAAUUUAUACGGAUUGUCGGCCUGUUGACCUUCAUAAUCAGUUAUUAAAAUCUGAUCUAUCUGUUUGUAUGUGUUAUUUUUUUUGCUGCUGAGGUAUUUUAUAUUAUACAUUAUUUGGCAAAAGCACAUUCUCAAGUUGAUUUAUCAAUUUGGGCGUUCAUAUAUUAUAUAUUACAUUAUAUAGGUAUAUAUUGAUAGGUUAUAUAGUAGUGACUCCCACUUUGUUAUUAUUUUUGUAAGUGAUAAACGAGAAAGGCAUUAAGCGUUUUUCGUCGCCACACUCCGGUAUAACUAACUAACGCGUUGACUUUUUUACAUUUUUACAGUAACGUUGUAAUUAUGUACUCCAUCAUUCUAGUUAAUGGUUAUUAUAUAAAACUUACUGAAGAAUGUAUUUAUGAUAAAGUUCGGAAUAACGAGCUCUUUUAUUUUUUCAAAUGGCAACUUGUAAACCUCAGACUGUUUAUCAAAGGUAGUUGUACUGCAUAGAGAGCAAACUAAAUAUUAUAGUGCCAUUGUUCUGGUUCCUUUAAAAUCAUAAUUAGAAAAGCAAUUACAUAUUAUAACAGACUCAAUUAUGUCACAGUCGCUAUUCAGUAUAAUAAAUAUUAUUUUAUACUGUACACGCGAAGUUUCAUUUUAGUAUUAAUUUAAAUUUUAUGCGUACUUAAUCGUAUCUAAUGUAUAAGUACCCGCGUGGGUAAAGAUUAUUUUCUUAUACAAUAGAAAAAAAUAUGAAGAAAGAGAAGCCUUAUUAUUUGAGCAAAAUGCUCACAAAUGGAUUAUGCCCGUCGGUCUGAUGCAACCACUCUUUUUGUUUUCCAAUAAAUUCUUUACUUAUCAAGUCCCUAAUUAAGGUUCGAUGCACACUAUGUUUGACGGUUUGUCCUUACAAAAAGA